GAAGGGGGCGGUAAUGUGCACCAGAAGGUUGCGUGCCAACCGCCAUUAAACCAAAAAAGAAGAAGAAGAAGAAACGCCGGCGAAGAAGAGUAACCCGGAAGUGAUUUCUGGGAUAAACCGAGGGAUAACUGUGCUAACAGGAUGAGCCACCCAGCAGGCGAGCAAAGGCACAAAGUUGAAGAGGACAACCUGGACAAAGAGGACUUUUUUGACUGCCAAGAGUCUUUGGAACCUCCAGACCGAGGGGAUGAGCAGAGGCGACAGGAGGAUGCAGUAAAGACAGACCGGCUCACUGACGCCACGCAUACACAAGCUGACGCCGAGACGGAGACAGGACCACUCGAGGACCACGAGGCUUGGGAGGACUUGGAUUCCAACUUAGACGCAGGCUGCGAAGAAGAACUUGAUGAGGAAGAACUGAGGAAGGCGCAAGAGGAGGAGCUGACGGAGCAGGAGAAGGAGAGUCGACGACUUGAGGGUUUAUCAUUAAAGGAAAAAGGCAACAGUCUUUUUAAAGCUGGAGACUGGUUGGCGGCGGAGCAAAGCUACUCAGAAGCUUUGCUUUUGUGCCCCGUGUGUUUCAGCCAAGAGCGAGCAGUGUUGUUCUCCAACAGAGCGGCUGCGAGACUGCACCUGGACCGGAAGGAGGACGGUAUAGCGGACUGCUCUAAAGCGCUGGAGCUGAAUCCGGAAUACAUGAAGGCCUUGCUCAGGAGGGCGGAGCUUUACGAACAGACCGAGCAGCUGGACAAGGCUCUGGAGGACUACCAGAAGGUUCUUGAGCGAGACCCCAGUCAGACAAGCGCGAGGCAGGCCUGCAUGAGGUUGCCUCAACAGAUUAACGAGAGAAAUGAGAAGCUGAAGGAAGAAAUGUUAGAUAAACUGAAGGACCUUGGGAACUUAGUCCUGAGACCCUUUGGCCUUUCGACCAACAACUUCCAGGUAAACCAGGACAGCAACACGGGCUCCUACUCCAUCAACUUUGUCAACAAGCCCAACAACACAUGAUGAUGUCAUCUACCUUUCAAAAUAAAACUCUUUCCUGUUGUGUGUAAAA